AUGAACGUCCUUGUAUAUUCUGGACCAGAAGUCAUUCAAUCGUCCCUUGUGGACACCAUUUCUACCCUUCGUUCUCUACUCAUUCCGAAUUAUACCGUUCAGCAAAUUUCUCAUCAAGUUCUGAAGUCUCAGCCAUGGCCCAUUUCUUGCGCAUUGCUCGUUUUUCCUAGAUGUCGCUCAGUAUUUCCGUCAUCACUACCUUCUAUCAAUAACUUUGUCGAAAAUGGGGGCUCGUUGCUGGCCUUUGGCGCAGGCGUUAAACGCACUCCUCGUGGAAUUGCCAGUUUUGGGUCUCUGAGUCUCACCGACGAGGCUUCGUUCAGACUCUACGACCGCACCUCCAAAUGUUAUAUAACGCCGAUUAUUUCUCCUCAAACAAAAGAACUGUCGUCAACAACAUCGAUUGUCGGCAAUGGUGAUUCUAUUGAAGGGAUCGAGGGACUACCUUUAGGGCCAAUCGCUGGCUUCGAGGACAGUGUUAGUCACGAAUCGCUGGCCUCCUACUACAAUGAACAACGCGAAUCCCGCAUUGCGGGCAUAAAAUGUGCUGUAGAUGAUGGCUCUGUGGUAUUCUGGUCUGUCAACAUCGAGCGCACCAUUGCCAAUGAAGAUUCCGAGUCGCUUCGGAAAUCCUUACUUCGAACGACUCUUGUGAAACUCGGUCUUAGGCUUCCCUCCCCUGACGCUCAUUCCGUAUCGCGCCCUUCGCCCCAAUUCCUUGUGGGCCAUCCAUGCAGGUCACAAAUUGUCGCAAAGAUUAUCAAGGCCAUCGCGGGUGGUUCGGGAUCGGAUCUGAAAAUGUUUGAAGACGACAACGAUAAGCUGUACUUCCAUCAAAUGCAGGAGUAUCCAGACGUCAAAGCCGAAGCCCAGAGGGUGUAUUUGGGCUCAGAAGAUCCAGCCGCUUGGCAGCCCAAACAUAUCAUCGUUUAUCCCGAUGGCGAUCUUCCGGAUGACAGAUCCACACCGUUGUUCCAAGUCAAGACUUUUUUUGACAAGCUGUCUGUGGCGCAUGCAGAUGAGGGCUGCCCCACAGAGACUGAUAGCUGGGGUUUUGGUGAAGCCUUAUUGUACGGCGAGGUCGUGACAAGUACCCAGACAAUGAUUGACAAGAACCCGCGCCUCCUCGCCUCCCUCCCCACCCCCUUCCUGUCUCUGGCCUCCUUCCAGCUCACAGGGCGCGGCAGAGGAAGUAAUAUCUGGCUCUCCCCCGCGGGUUGUCUGCAGUUCUCCCUUCUGUUACGCGUGUCUUUGGCAUCGUUCCCAGCAAACAAGCUAGUCUUUGUGCAGUACCUGUUUGCCCUUGCGGUAACAGAAGCAUGCCGAUAUAAGAGCGUGUUGGGAAAAAGGGGUGAGAGUGUUCGUAUCAAGUGGCCAAAUGACUUGUAUGCCAUCUUUGGACCUGGGGAAGGCGACAAAAAGAAGAUCGGAGGGAUUUUAGUCAGUACGAAUUUCUCCGGAGGGAAGUGUGACAUUACCAUUGGCUCUGGGCUGAAUGUGCACAACCUGCCUCCCAUCUUCUCGUUAUCACAGUUACAAAACCCGGCGAGCGACUUGCCGCUUAGCAUGGAGACUAUCGCCGCCGUGAUACUAGCGAAGUUCGAGAAGAUGUGGACCGUUUUCGUACAAGGCCAAGGCUCUUUUGAGCCAUUCAUGGCAUUGUACUUGGACAGAUGGCUUCAUUCGUAA